AAAAACGACUUGAAACAUUAGUUUUUACGCAUGGGGAUUUUCUACGAUUCUGUCAGCUCCAAUUUCGUAUUUUGCUGCUAGCUUCGCAGCCACAAAGGUGGCUUUGUGGGUUCUGUAGCGCCAGCAGUGCCGGCACCGUGUUUCUGUAUUCUGCCUGUAAUCAUCAUAUACAUACCGGAUUACCGGUAUCUUUGUAUCUUAGCAUCGUACCCAAGUACAGUGGUCAGUGGUACUGGUACCUACUGCACGACUGAAGUAUGGGAAACAAUAUUUCAUCAUGUUGUGGUGCUGCGGAUGGAUUCCGAUGCUGUUGUCUAGGACGGGGUGGAAGAAGCAUGAAAAGCGGGAAAAUGGUCCCGGCCGAUCUUCAUUCCUCUGGUGCGCAAACAAGCUCAAAAGGGCAAAAGAAACCAGUUGUGCAAUCUCGGCCUACAACACUGCCUACGCAGAGUACGAGUGCUGGUGCGUCUACAUCAUCAGGUCAAGCAAGGCAAGAAGGAAAUAAAUUCUCCGAGUUUUCACUUCACGGCGUUCAGAAAACUUCACCUGUGGAACAAGCAGAUGAUAGUAUGGAUGGAUUACAGAGCAGCGUUCAGCAUAAAUUUCUGAUGGAAAACGUCUCUUCUCUUUUUAACGAAUAUAAAGAGAUUGAUUGUGAUGAAAUUUUAGCGGAAGGAAUCUCAAAGUUCUGUAACGAUUUAGAAGUUGAUCCAGCAGAGUUCAUCGUUUUGGCAUUGGCUUGGAAAUUUAAAGCUGAAACAAUGUGCAGAUUCUCAAGAGAUGAAUUUACCCAGGGUUGUAUUGCUCUGCAAGCUGAUUCAAUUGAAUCAAUCAAACAAUCAUUCCCUGAUCUUGAAAAUGAAGCAAGAAUAAAUUUUAAAGAUAUUUAUAAAUUUGCUUUUCAAUUUGGUCUGGACUCAGAUCAGGGUCAAAGAUCUCUACCUUCUGAUGUAGCAAUAGGAAUGUGGCAAGUUGUUUUUUCAAAGGAUCCACCUCAGUUACUGGACGAAUGGAUUAAAUUUCUUGAAGAAAGCAAGAUUCGUGGAAUAUCUCGUGACACAUGGAAUAUGUUUCUUCAUUUUACUGAAAAUGUUGGUUCUGAUCUUAGUAAUUACGAUGAUAAUGAAGCUUGGCCAAGCCUGUUCGAUGAUUUUGUAGAAUAUUACAGAAUGUCAAUAGCAGUCAAAGAAACUACAGAUAAAUUUGAAAGUAACGAAUCGCAAAAGGAAGAAGACAUCGAUGAAAAUUUACAUACAGUUAACAAUGAGAUUGCCAAAAAUGAAGCAGUAACACACAGCAGCACUGAACCAAAUUUACCAGGAUCUAUUCCAGUUCAACAUGAAGAACAGGAGGUCAAAGUUCCUGAUGACAAACCAGAAGAUAUUCAGGAAAACAUCCAAAAAACAAUCAAUCAUGACGAAAAUAACGAUACAACAGCUAUUUUUAGGGAAAAUGUAGUUGUCGAAACACCGGCAACUGAAUUUUUGGAUUCAAAACAGUUAGAACCUGCGUCGUUAAACUUAGAAAAGCCUGAUAUAUCAUCAAAAAAUGGUGAUUCACAUUCAACAGCAACACAAAAGCAAAACUACUCUUCUGAUUUUGAGGGUGAAAAAGAAAACUCAAAAUUAUCACUCACUGAUUUUCCUUCCACAUCGGAAGAACCCAGUUCUGAGUUUGAUUCUGAACCGAUUCGAUGCGAGACUUUGCACUCAUCGCAUCUAUCUUAGCCAAUUAUCGAAUAUUUUUCAUCCACUCACAGCCUUUGCGUAUUUACAACAUAAUAACGCAGUCAAGUUUUUUUGGUCAUUCUCAACUUGCCAUGUUAAUUCAUAAUCGUUUUUUUAUACAUUGUUCAACCACCAUGCUUGGGAUAUACCCUAUUCCUGUGUUUAUUUUACCCAGAACUGUGAUUAUUAAAGAUUUGUCUCGAUUACAACAGCCACAGGAUUCUAUAUGUGAGAUAGUUUGCAUGCUUCGUAUCAUGACGUUUUAAUUUUAUAAUUCAUGGGCGUGAUGUGGUGGUUAUUUAAUGUAUUAGCUCGAAAUAGACCAACAUAUUAUCAUAAUUAACUUAUACCGGGAAACAGUACCAGCGAUACAGUACUUUGAAGAUUGCAGACUUCUUUACUUCCUACAUUGGCACCAAACUAAAAUUGGUCUGUUUUAUAUGAAGUAGUGCUGAAAUAAUUUAUGUGCAAGAGCUCCACUGCACUACAAAAUUAACCGAAACUAAAUCGAUAGAUGGUGCUUUGAUUACUUGGAUGCCUCCUCAUCGUAAUUAUUGAUGAACAGUUGCCAAAUAGGCGUCGACUGGAAGAAGGAUGUCUCUUUCUAGUAGCAUGAACCCCUUCUUUGUCAGAAAAUCUUUUCCAUUAAUUACAGACUCUUUAUCCACUGCUUGGAUUAUAUAGCAAUGAAGUCUCUAUUGUCAUCCAUAUAAGGUACUGUACUGUUGUUUAAUUGAUUUUCCUAUUCGUUCGACUGUUUUGUGAGAGAUAUCAUGUCGGACUUCUCUUAAUGAGCUGUUAUACGAGAUUUAAAUUUGAACCAUGGUGAAUAUGAUAUGGUAUUUUGGCUGGUAUGAAUAUGUUUUGUAAUUUUUUACCAUGGUUUUUGUUAAAAACUAUUUCCAAGUUUAUAAGAGGAUGUUCAUAUGUGAAGGCUCAUUCAGAUCGAAUUACCAAUAUGUAUGCUUGAUAAUAAGCAUAUCUUUGUUGCCUGGUAGUUUGGCACAUUCAAAGUUGGAUUGAGUUCUCAUUAUAUUUGAAAACAAAUUUGCCUUCGCAUAAAUUUGACAUGAAUCACGAUUUUGUCACAAAUUCAGUUGAGAAAUUGUGUUAUUUGCAUUUAUCUAUCUUUCAAAAAAAAUAUCUGACAAUAUGUCAUUUUUUGAAGCAUAGCAGUAGCAAAUGCGAAAUAUUCUUUAUCUUCAACUGAAUUACUUGGGUAUAAUCUUUUUUUCUUUAUUUGUAAUCAUGAAGCUGUUGUCAAGCAUUGAUCAUGCAUGUAAUGAAUUUAAAAUAUUGUUAUCUUUAAGUUGUAGACGUAUGGUAUGUUUCGCAUUAUUCUUGAUCGGUUUCUAUGUUACUAUUUUCCUACUGUUAGAGGAAGCGUUUUUGUAUUAUGUACCCUUCAGUAUUUUUUCUUAUGAUUGUAAUACAGGUUUGUGCCAUAUCAAUAUAUAAACUUGUAAUAGCCCG